AUGUCUACCGCCACUACUUCCACGAGUCCAACCGACGUUGGACAAGCUCUGAUCAAUGCACUGAACAACCCAACAGGCAAUCUGACAAGAUCACUACUUUUGGCUGAUCAAGAUGGGAAUAUCACAGGCAAAAGGGGCUCUCGUUUUAUUCUUCAGUCUAAUGGCUACCUCGAUCUGAGGGCGUCCCUCGUCGCCAGCCAGAAUUUCCCCUUGGAUGCGGCAUCAUUUGAGACCCUGUAUCCCAAUGCCUCUCUACAGUCGUUGCAUAACUUUGAUCCCCUUCUAUACAAGCAAACAGAGACCGCGAUUCUGGACUUUUGGAACGCCUGGACCAUUUUCAUCGAGACGCAGAUGAUUUGCCAAGCUCUCAUCGAUCAGCUCACGGGCGAGGGAGGAUCCAGCCUGCAGGGAGUCAUUAACACAUUGACUAGCCAGACAUACUCCCAGCCAGGCUCCGGGAGUGACCCUGAGUUCAAAAGUCUUGCUCAAAGCGCCAGCGAAAUGUUCUUGAAUCUCAGCCAGGCAGUGAACCAGAGAACGAGUAGUAUUCAGGCUUUAGCAGGCACUAUCUCGGCUCAAGGAAGCAAGAUUCAGGCGACCAAGACCGAAAUCGAUGCCGUCGUGCAGAAGUUUGGUGUCGAAGCUGGUGACGGUUAUAUCUCUACGCUUGAUGAGAAAACUCCCAUGAAUCUAAUAUUCCUCAGUAACAUCUUCGAAGCAGUUCAGGCCGUGAAGGCAGAUUGGGACCGUGAGAUGAUGGAAGCUGGCACCACAGUGUCUUACAUCUAUAUCCCUGUUGCCGGCUGGAUUUCUGGGUCAAACGCUAUCCUUACAAAGCAGAAAGAUGUCAGACUGGCAUGGGAUAAGUACCAAGCACAAAUCGCGAAAAAGAGUAAUGACACCAAUAAGACAGCUUAUGCUCUUGUUGGUGCAGUAAAUCUGCUUUCUUUCCAGAAUGGAGCCCUGUGUGAUAAGAUACAGAGUGUCGAGAGGGCGUUGGGAGAGAUUCAGUCUACCUUUGCAGCAAUUGGUAGUAACCUGGGACAGGUUGCAACGAUGAUGGCUGCUGCGGAUGGAACUGUCAGAACAUCGCUGAUUGCGAACCAGCAGGCGAUACAAGCGGGAAUCGCCAACGCUGUGAAAGAGUUUCAGGAUACUUUGUCUGCGGUUAACGCACUUGUCACGAUUGACUCGAAUUUCCAGACUACUGGGAUCACUGCGGACAUAAACGCGCCCAGCGUCUUUCCAGAAAAUUCCUAG